AUGUUCGAGCUGUUGAAGCAAGAGAUGCUUAUGGACGACCGCAUGGCGGGUAUGAGCAACGUGAGCGAAGGCUUCUGGAUGGGCAAGAACAAGAUCAGAACCCCGGGCAGGUCCGGAGGUUGCAAGUAUUACUGUGACAGGCAAAACUUGUCGAACGGGUUCAUGUCGACUGAGGGCUCCUUCAGCCGUGCCGGGCACCCCCACUGGGACGGGCGCGGAUCGCACUACGACAUCAUGCACUAG